AGAAAUCUUGUACUAUUUGGCUUCAUCUAUGCAAUAUUUAUCAUGAACUUAAUGGACUCAUAAGUAGACCAUGAUUUUCCUAUAGCUCUCUCAAAAGUUCUUCCCUAUCCAUGUUCAAUGUUCUAGAAAAUGGAAUUGAAAGCUAUUGCUUUUAAAAUUGAAUUUGAAACAUUAAUGCAUGUUACAGUGUAAAUUUGUUUGCUGUUAAAAAGAAGGCUCUAGAAUCUUUGUUCCACGUUAAUAGAGUAUUUUGGAAAAACACCCCUGAACAUCUACAAAAGGCUGAAUAUUGUCUCUGGACUGUUUUUAAAAGACAAAUAUUACUCUUCUAAGCACUCUUGGGAUACAUAAGUUCUAUAUCAAUUGUUUUGAUUUUUACUGGCAGGCAUUAAUUAAAUUGUAUUAACUACUUCAACUAGAAUAGCUUUACAUUAUUUUUGAAUUCCAACUCUUUAUGAUGUUUCUGUCUCAAAUUAAGCACAGAUCUAAGGCUAAACCCAGGUUGCAUUAAAUAAAUUGAAAUAUACCUUUGCAGGUUGAGAGAAAGUUGUGCAUUCUCUGUUGGAGGCUCUUCAAUACAUUGCUAUGGAUUCUUUGUUCAGUAUGAGAAACAUGAACAAAACCAUACUCAUCAUUCUAUGAUAAGCUCAUUAAAAGAGCCAGUAAUUCAGUUUUUAUAAUAUUCAGCUUUUUCUUCAGUAGGCAAAGUCUACUUUAAUAUUAUUAUACAAAACUUAAGGUUCUGCUCUGAGAACAAUUCUGACAACAUAAAUCAAAGGGGAUUUUUUUUCCCCUUUAUGCUUGCUUCCGUUUUCUUCAAUAGGAUGGAGAUGAAGUCCUACGUAAAAGAAGAAAAGAGUCAUUCUCUUCUUCUGUUUCUCUUAGUAACCAGGUAACCCAACCCCAGGUAUGUAAUCAACACACCACUUAAUAAAAGCCAGCUCCUCUUUCUGUCUUGAGUAGCAACACCAUUUUAAUACUGAUGAUUGAAUGACCAGAACAAUUUUCUUGUCAGGAUAAUCCUGCUCGGCUUCAAGAAGGAAAAUGAAUAGAACUUACCCUCAGAAUGUUGAUACGGAUUCACUGGGUUCAGCCAAAUCCCAUCUCACUGAUAAGACAGCAGGUACCACUCAUGACCAACCAGACUGUUGUAGAAAGUGUUUUUCUUGGACUCUUUGCACUCGACGAUGCAUCUGUGUAUCUGCCAUUAGUCUUAUUAUACUUGGUAUAAUCAUUGCCAUCAUCACAUUGGCUGUGACUGUCGGCAUUCCUCCUCCUACCCCAGUUAACCGUUUAUGUAUGACUACCAGUAAGCAGACAGGCUUUUUAUGUGAUAACAGAGAGACCUGUAUUCCAGCCAGUGAAGUUUGUGACACAAGAAAAAACUGUGACAAUGGGGAAGAUGAGCAAGAAGCAUUAUGUAGUGAUUUGCCAAACAGUCUCCCUGGAUACUUGAUAUUUUAUUGCAAGAAUCGCAGGCUUUGGAUCUACGCAGACAAAAGGUGUAAUGGAUUUAAUGAUUGUGGAGAUUGUUCCGAUGAAAUGGGAUCACAAGCCAACUGUCCUCCUUGUGGAUCUCAGUUUUGGAGUUGUACCCUGGUGGUCUUCUAUGAAUAUUGUACUUGCAUUCCUAGAAGUUUGUGCCGAGAUGGAAUACAACAUUGCUUCGACUGGUCUGAUGAAUACCUCUGCACAAGAUAAGCAGAUGAUAAACACAACCUUGGAGAAAAUAAAAAGCAAUCCACUGAGAACCAGGCUGCGAUGGAAUUGCAGAUAGUUUUAAAGGAACCUCACAAAGAAUGUUUUAUAUAGUGUUGUUGCUCUUUACAGCACUUGCCUUGCUUGGCUGCAGGGGCCACUUGAUUUGCACUGCAGUCACCUAGUUCUCACAGUGAAGCUAUUCAUCCAUGACAGCCAAGAGGAUUUUGGUUUUCAUUCAGUUUGUCACAGAGCCUGACACUGCUGUUUCCAAAUCAAUGGCUUGUUUAAAUUCAGUCUUUAUAAUCUUCCAAUCUUGCACAGAUGCUCAUGUACCAAUAAAGGACCUCCUUAUUUGUAAA